GAUUGCAUGACUUGUAAAAUUACUUCUCUGGGGACCUGCAGUGGUGUUUGACUGGAUAUUGCUGCCUGGUUCUGAAUGAUGUCAGAACAGGAUCUGUCGGAUGUUGUUCAGAUUGCUGUUGAAGACUUGACUCCAGAUAACCCAGUUGUGUUGGAGAAUCAUGAAGUGACAGAUGAUGAUGUAGAGCCCACUCUGAAACGUCAGCGUAUAGAAAUUAACUGCCAGGAUCCCUCUAUUAAGUCAUUCCUGUAUUCCAUUAAUCAGACAAUAUGCCUGCGGUUGGACAGCAUCGAGGCGAAGUUGCUGGCACUAGAGGCUACCUGUAAAUCACUGGAGGAGAAGUUGGAUCUUGUCAUGAACAAACAGCACAGCCCCAUCCAAGUCCCCAUGGUGGCAGGUUCUCCUCUUGGCGCUACGCAGACGUGCAAUAAAGUACGAUGUGUUGUCCCUCAGACCACAGUAAUACUGAACAACGACCGGCAGAAUUCAAUUGUAGCCAAGAUGGUUGGGCAGGAAGAACCAUUGAGCAGAGCAGCGGAUUCUCUGGAAAAUAUCCUUAGCACCGCUGUGCCGGGACGUAGGCAGAACACCAUAGUGGUGAAAGUUCCGGGACACGACGACAGUCACAACGAAGACGGAGAGAGUGGCUCUGAGGCCAGUGACUCGGUUUCCAACAGUGGACAAUUAGGAAGCCAAAGUAUCGGGAACAAUGUCACGCUUAUUACGCUGAACUCGGAAGAGGAUUACCCCAAUGGGACGUGGCUUGGAGAUGAGAAUAAUCCCGAGAUGCGGGUCCGUUGCCCCAUCACCCCUGCUGACAUGCUGCACAUCAGCACAAACUGCCGCACGGCCGAGAAAAUGGCACUUACGUUGCUCGAUUAUCUCUUCCAUCGGGAAAUUCAGGCCAUCUCCAACCUUUCAGGCCAGGGGAAGCACGGGAAGAAGCAACUCGAUCCUCUCAUGAUUUACGGCAUUCGCUGUCACCUCUUUUACAAAUUUGGGAUUACAGAAUCCGACUGGUAUCGAAUCAAGCAAAGCAUAGACUCCAAAUGCCGAACGGCCUGGAGGCGGAAACAGCGAGGGCAGAGUCUUGCCGUGAAAAGCUUUUCAAGGCGAACACCUUCAUCCUCGUCUUACAGUGGUUCAGAGGGUUCCCAGAGUUCAGUUUCAGCUUCUAACGAGAUGCAGCAGAACCAGCCGCAGGCCCUACACUAUGCACUAGCCAACGCUCAGCAGGUUCAGAUCCACCAAAUAGGAGAAGAUGGACAAGUCCAAGUAGGCCAUCUCCACAUAGCCCAGGUCCCUCAAGGCGAGCAAGUCCAAAUCACGCAGGACAGCGAGGGAAACCUGCAGAUACAUCAAGUUCACGUGGGUCAGGACGGUCAG